AUGAACUUUUUCAAAUAUGGUUUCAAGGCGCUCGCCUAUCCUGUACCGAACGUCUUGGAUCCUGUAUCUCCGUGCCAAUGUUCUCUAAUCUUUAGGUGUGACGACGCGUCCAAGCAGGCGACAGUCUUGCUUGUAGUCCAAAUCCCCACAACUCAUGAUGUACAGCUCUUCGCUCUACAGUACGAUGCCGACAAGCUGCUGUCUGGUACUGUCAGUCUCACUAGUGGCAACAGCCAUAUUCCGCGACCACAACUGGACGAGCUCUUGCGAAACAAGGACAACAAACACUGGGACAUCAAGACUCUCGCCCUGAGCGUUGAUCAAUCAUGUCCCCUCUGGUGUCCGGCCACCAUGUCUUUCAGUCCCCAACCUGGAUGUGACUCUUCUUUCCGUGAGUUUGUAGAACUCACCAAAGCAACCACGAUUCAAAUCGCCUUUGAUUACAAGUAUGUACGCAAGGAACAUCAGGGUAUGUUCAAGGCGUUCAGCAAAGCCGCGAGGGGCCUGACUGGUUAUCCAAUCGAUGGAAUACUCAUUAAACAAGGGUUGAGGAGGGCAAGCUGGGAGGUCUUCUGUCCCGUUGACGAUAUUGGGGCACCGCCUGCCUAUGAUAAUCCCCGUAAGCGGCGAAGGCAGGCAAGCCUUGGGUCACCCAAUCAGUCACCGAAACGGUUCGCACCCCAAUCGCCUACUAAAUCCGACACCUCUGACACUACUGUACCGCUGAGCCCGGCUGCAGCUGAUGCUUUGAUAAAACAAUUCACGCAGGUGUCGCGCGAAGUUGACCAUCAGACUGAGGCUAUCAAUGCGGCAGUUAGCAAACAGCUGCCUGCGUAUCUUGAGAAGGUCCUUCCUGACGUCCUCGAAAGUCUGCUCGCUGGCGCACCUAAGUCUCAUGUUAGCUCACCAGCCUCUUCAUUCAUCUCUGUCGAUUUUCUCGGGAACAAAUAUCCAAAGCUACCACCCCUUACACCGUUGGGAAAAACAUGGAUUCCUCACCUCCGUGUCCAUCUCGCCCAGCAAUUUCAGCAAUACCAGGCCCGGCAAUUACAGCGUUUCGAGCAACUCGUUGAUAAAAAGCUGGAUGAGGUCUGGAAUGAAGCGUACGAUGCACGAGCCCAUGAAACGGCAGAAAUGAUGAAUGAGAUGGAGGAGCAUAAAGCGGACAUUGCGCUGUUGAAAGAGGAUACUAUCAAAGAUCUUGGGCGCGAAAUCGAGGAUGUUUUCACAAAGUGUAAGGAAGAAGGAGAUGUGCUGAGCAAUGACGUCAAUGAGCGGUUAUCAGAGCUCUGUGAUGGAAUUUUUGAUGAGAAGAAACUGAAACUGCGAAAGAUGAUUGCGAGAGAAUUCAGCAGGCAGAAGCGAAAGAAAAUGGGCGCGUUGAAAAGAACGGGAAAACGGCUAGGGAGGAGUGAUGGGAGGCUGCUGGGGAGAAGGAGAGAAGAAGAGGAAGAGUGGAUUGACUGUUGAGGCUCCCAGUCAACUUACAAAGUCAUGCGCUUCAUCUUGCAUAGUAUCCUCACAUGCCCGCUCUUGACGAAAACUCCGCACCUUCGUAUACAAUGAGAGUUGAUGUAUUGCUCAUCUCAGCAGAUGUGGCAUUCCUCUCGUUGGGAAGCCGCCAGCUUGUUGGAAUAAUGACCGUACAGUUGGAGCCCGCCCUUGCCCUACAGGGGAUUGCCUGUAGGUCUCUACUCCAAUCACCUUCAAUGAGAAAGAACAGGUUGUUAUCGGGAAACCAUAAUGAGCCACAAAGCUUUCUAAGACUUGGAUGUCAAGGGAAUGACUAGGGAAGCUUUCAUACAUGGUCUGUAAUAGCAACUGCUAAAAAGACAGAAGAUAUACUCUCGUAUUUGCUACCACUUGUUUUGCGCG